AGGAGCCAGGCCGCAAUCCGCAAUUAAAGAUGAACUUUGGGUGAACUAAUUUAUCGGACCAAGGUAGGGUGGGCAGCAACCUGGGAAGGGUAUAAAAGGCGGCCGGCGGCGAGCCCGGGCCGCGCACUCGGAGCUGCCGGGGGCCGGGCGGGAGGCGCUCCCCAGCCAUGGGCUUCUCCGCCCUGGUCGCCAGCGCCCUGUGCACCUUCCUGCUGCCCCUGCUGCUUUUCCUGGCCGCCGUCAAGCUCUGGGACCUGUACUGCGUGAGCAGCCGCGACCCCAGCUGCCCGCUGCCGCUGCCCCCCGGCACCAUGGGGCUCCCCUUCUUCGGGGAGACGCUGCAGAUGGUGCUGCAGAGGCGGAAGUUCCUGCAGAUGAAGCGCAGAAAAUACGGCUUCAUCUACAAGACUCACCUCUUCGGGCGGCCCACGGUGCGGGUGAUGGGCGCCGAGAACGUGCGGCACAUCCUGCUGGGCGAGCACCGGCUGGUCUCGGUGCAGUGGCCCGCCUCGGUGCGCACCAUCCUGGGCUCGGGCUGCCUCUCCAACCUCCACGACGGGCAGCACAAGCACCGCAAAAAGGUACGGCCCCGACGGCGGGCGGGGAGCGGGGGCGGCCGCCCCGGGCGCGGCGGCUGA